CAUUUUUACAUUCCAAUGAGACGCGUUGGUGUUAUCAUUGUGCUUUAUUCAGGGAUGCUGGAAGCUUUACUUAUACACGUUGGACCACCGAAACUGCAUACUGACUGCUGUGUCGUGGUUGUUUAUUUUGAAGACCACACUUUUCACUAUUUGUUGAUCACCAUCACCAAUACACGUGGUGAUUGGGCCAGGCUUAUGCUUUAAGGCGGCGCUGUUGCAUGAGCAGUAUAGUGCCGUGUAGACUGUUGACAAGCACAUCGGCUACACAUCCGAUCUAACGUACCUGUACUGCAUGUGAAUGUACUGUACAUGUACUGUAUAUUGUCCGGCACAUCGGCUAUACGCCUAUCAACGGACAAGUACGCUACAGUGUCACUUUAUAAUGUUGGUCUGAUCACCCUCAGCGCGCAUAGUAAAAACCUCGAUCUUACGUCUGGUUGGCACCCGGCCCCUCGCGUUUGGAAACGAACACCUCAAGAAAUUUUUCCGACUCGCCAAUAAACUUGCAGCAUUCAUGAUAAGAUGGAGAGGACUGGAGAGGUCUUGGAGCAAGGGCGCAGCAACGGGGUACAACCGCAGCACCGCAUUUUACCGCCAAAGCAUCACCAUCCCUUCUACAGUCAAGCCAUGACAUCUACAUUCUCUGUCAGUCAUGCCAGACGGCAAGAGAUCUUGCGUCGUCUGGAGAUGAUGAACGGGCGAGAUGAUUAUGAUUCCGAUGAAAUGGAUGGGGAACUGAAUUAUGGGGAUGAAGAGGAGCUGGAAGAAGACAAAUUGACAGCUGAGGAUAAAGAAAUUGACUUGUCCCUCAGACACCUAAACACAAGCAAACUGAGUCCAAACCCUCAUCCGAUAUUCCCUCCGAGGCAUUAUAAAACCUCACCACCCAGACAUCCAAAGACUCCUCCCCCGGUAAAUGGAGGCCCUGUUCACUAUGAAUCUCACAGAAGAAGGAAAUCACUGUCGCCCACUUCAGCAAUUAGAGAAUAUGCUGCACAGGGUGACAGAGCGUGUGAUAGGUCUUCACUAAAGCGAUCGUCUACAGAGAGGUCUUUGGAGAGACCCAGCGUUGAGAAGUCACCCUCAGAAAGUCCCUCCUCACCAGAGACCUCAGAGAGGUUCUCACAAGGAAGAGGUUGCACAGAGAGAACCCCCUUCGAGAGGUGUCAGAGUGAGAGGUGCUCGUCUGAUGAUGAGGCCAACUCUCUCAGUUGCUCAAACCAACCAGAGGACUAUUCCAUUAAACUGGAGAAACCCUCCGAUUCCAGCCUGUAUUCUGAAGAUGAGAACAACAUCUCUGAAGACACCAAGCCUGUCUCACCAACAGUAUUCAAGGAGGCAGGGAAGCCGGGGGUAGGAGGGCAGUCAGAAUGGACCUUUGAGGAGCAGUUUAAGCAGCUUUAUGAAUUGUCUGAUGAUCGAAAGAGGAAGGAAUUUCUGAAUGAGCUGUUCUCAUUCAUGCAGAAAAGAGGUACACCAGUUAACCGUAUUCCCAUCAUGGCUAAACAGGUGCUAGACCUGUAUGAGUUAUUCAACCUGGUUACAUCCAAAGGUGGUUUGGUGGAGGUUAUCAACAAGAAACAGUGGCGGGAGAUUACCAAGGGGUUGAAUCUCCCAGCUUCCAUUACUAGUGCUGCUUUCACCCUCCGAACACAAUAUAUGAAGUAUCUGUACCCCUUUGAAUGUGAGAAGCGCAAGUUGAGUACUCCAUCGGAGCUGCAAGCUGCCAUUGAUGGUAACCGGCGUGAAGGUCGUAGGCAAGUCUACACCACCAAUGCAACUGGUUUUGGGCUGUCACCGCAUUCGCCUACCCUGCCCACCAUGAUACCCCACCCAUCAGUCAUUCCGCACAAUGUUAGGGACUCGCCAGAAUUUGAAGAAGAACGUGACGCCAGGGAUUUUCCAUUCUCCAGAUCAUUUAUGCAGCCACGGAUGGCUAAACACCCUAUGAAGCAUGCCCUCUAUGAGGAGCCACUCACACCACCACCAAAGCGCCCUCUGUUGACUGAUGAGCAGCACCAUCGCUACCUGCUGCAGCAACAGCAGCACCAGAUGGUGCCUCCUGCUGCACAUAUCAAAGUCACAAGUAAUCACGCUCAGCGUGACACAGGUCUCCCCCUAUUUGAGCUCCGUGGAGAUAAUUCCCUUAUCGUCAGCAUUGAGCUUAACGGGGUGCUCUACCAAGGGGUCCUAUACCCCCGAGGCACCCCUCUUCAUGUCCUUACCAACAGGGCAACAGGGUCAUCCUCCUGAGGUACCCCCUCGCAUCACGUGAUCUGACCAUGUAUGAUCGACCAAGUCUUUCAUUUUUAUACACUUAGCUCUGCAGUAGCAGAUCCAUGUAUAGUUAAGUUCUCUGAAUGGAGUCGGUCUACUGCCAUAUGGUUUGUAUAUACAUGCAUAACAUUGUAUAGGGGAUUGUAAAGAUCAUACAUGUCCCAGAGAUGUGUGGCUGUCCUCUAGACAUCUCACUCCCAUUACCAUAGCAAUUUAGGGGUUGUGUACAUUUUGUGUCUUCAGAUCUUCAGGGCCAAACUUCUAAGACCCUACAACAUGCUGCAUGGAUGUUUGAUCGUUCCUGUUUUAAUCAUCUAGUUUGCAAGCAUUCCCAGAAACAUAGGUGCCACUGAGCAAGGUUUAAUCCUUUAAGAGCAGGGAAAAAUUAACUCAAUCAACUUUUUCAUUGAUACUCUUUUAGUGAUGCUAAUGCCGCACAUUUUUGUAUGAAAGUUUACUAACCUCCAUGUUUUUCUCACCAGUUUAUGCAGUUCAAAGCUGCUGUUCUCAUGCAUCAUGAAAUUUGCCUUUUAAAGUAACAAGUUUUUGUCUUCGUUGGUAAUACAAAAUAAAAAGAGUAUGUUAACAGACUGGCUUUAGAAAUGUUAACAAGGAAAUUUUUAAAAUGAUGGUCAAUUGAACUAAAUUGUCGGGUUCACACACACACAAACCUACACAAAAUUCAGUA